AUGGGAGGACAGUGUUUGUUGGACAGCAUCAAUAUAGAUUAUCGUGGUUGUUGCUGGAACGCUGAAGGGGACAUCAAAAUUCCUUGGUGCUACUAUUCUAAGAAUCAUGGCUAUCAAAUGGAGGGGCCUGUGAAAAACACAAAUGCAGGUUUCACUGCCCAGUUGCGAAGUUUACCAGCUCCAUCCGCAUAUGGAAACAGCAUCAGCAACAUUCUCCUCACAGCAGAAAAACAAACCUCUCGCCGCUUCCACUUCAAGUUAACAGAUGCAGACAAGAAAAGAUUUGAAGUGCCUCAUGAAAAUGUGAAGCCCUUCCAAGGAAACGCCGCUUCUAACUUGCUCUAUGACGUGAAGGUCUCCCAGGAACCUUUUGGCAUCCAAGUGAUCAGAAAGAGCAAUGGGCGUGUUCUGUUGGACUCCAGCAUCGGGCCACUCCUAUUUGCUGACCAGUUCCUGCAGAUCUCUAUGAAACUGCCAAGUGCCAAUGUGUAUGGCCUGGGGGAACAUGUGCACCAGCAGUACAGGCAUGAUAUGAAUUGGAAGACCUGGACUCUGUUUUCCAGAGACACAGUUCCCAAUCGGGAUAAAACUAACCUGUAUGGUGUACAGACAUUCUUCUUGUGCCUAGAAGAUGCGAGUGGAUCCUCCUUUGGAGUGUUUCUCAUGAACAGCAAUGCCAUGGAGGUCACUCUCCAGCCUGCCCCAGCCAUCACUUACCGCACCAUUGGGGGCAUUUUUGACUUCUAUGUUUUCCUGGGUGACACUCCAGAGCAAGUUGUUCAAGAGUAUCUAGAGCUCAUUGGACGGCCAGUCCUUCCCACCUACUGGUCACUUGGAUUUCAUCUCAGCCGUUAUGAUUAUGAAUCCCUAGAUAAGAUGAAAAAAGUCGUGAAGAGAAACCGGGAUGCCCAGAUUCCUUAUGACGUGCAACAUGCUGAUAUCGACUAUAUGGAUCAAAGAAGGGACUUCACUUACAAUCCAGUACAAUAUAAGGACUUCCCUAAUUUUGCUAAGGAGUUGCACAGUAAUGGGCAGAAAUUGGUCAUCAUUGUGGAUCCAGCCAUCUCUAAUAACUCUUCUCAAACUAAUCCCUAUGGACCAUAUGACAGGGGCUCAAAUAUGAAUGUGUGGGUGCAAACUUCUGAUGGAACUCCAAUCAUUGGAGAGGUCUGGCCUGGAAAAACUGUGUUUCCUGAUUAUACCAACCCUCAGUGUACUGCUUGGUGGACAGAUGAAUUUGAGCGUUUCUUUAAAGAAGUGGAGUAUGAUGGAAUCUGGAUUGAUAUGAAUGAAGUCGCCAACUUUGUGCAUGGUUCAGUUACAGGAUGUUCCGAAAGCAAUCUAAAUUAUCCCCCAUUCACUCCCAGAGUCCUGGAUGGCGUCUUGUUCAGCACUACUCUCUGCUUAGAUGCGGUGCAGCACUGGGGCAAGCAGUAUGAUACCCACAACCUGUAUGGCUACUCCAUGGCAAUUUCCACAGCAGAAGCUGCCAAGAAAGUAUUCCCUGGAAAGAGGAGCUUUAUACUCACCCGUUCCACCUUUGCAGGAUCUGGCAAGUUUGCAGGCCAUUGGCUAGGAGACAAUGCAGCUACCUGGGAUGACCUCCGCUGGUCCAUUCCUGGCAUGCUUGAGUUCAAUCUUUUUGGUAUUCCAAUGGUAGGGGCUGACAUUUGUGGCUUCUUAAUGGACACCACUGAGGAGCUCUGCAGGCGCUGGAUGCAGCUGGGAGCCUUUUAUCCAUUCUCCAGAAAUCACAACGGCCAAGGUUUCGUGGAUCAGGACCCUGCUGCCUUUGGAGCAAAUUCUCCAUUGGCGACUUCCUCCAAGAAAUACCUGAACAUUCGCUACACCUUACUGCCCUACCUCUACACCCUCUUCUAUCGCGCCCACACCAGGGGAGACACUGUGGCGAGGCCUCUUAUGCAUGAGUUCUACACUGACAGCAACACGUGGGAUAUGCACGAACAGUUCUUAUGGGGUCCUGGCCUUCUCAUCACACCUGUGCUGCAGGAGGGUGCAGUCCAAGUGGAGGCAUAUGUACCCGAUGCUGUCUGGUAUGAUUAUGAGACUGGGGCUAUACUGAACGGGAGGAAGGAAAGAAAGUCCAUGGAGCUUCCUGAAGACAAAAUUGGACUGCACCUCCGAGGAGGCUACAUCUUCCCCACCCAACAGCCAGCGACAACCACAGAGGCCAGCCGAAAGAACCCUCUUGGUCUCAUCAUUGCCCUGGAUGAGAAAAGACAAGCGAAAGGUGAACUCUUCUGGGAUGAUGGAGAAUCGACAGGUACUUUGGCCCAAGACAAACAUAUCUUCUAUGAGUUUUCUGUCAUCAACAACCGCUUGGAUAUGAAGCCUUUGCCUUCAACCUACAAAGAUCCUAAUAAUUUAGAAUUUCAAGAUAUUAAAAUACUCGGGAUCACACGUAUUAUUAAUGUAACAGUGAAACACAAUGGUGCUCCAACUCAAAUGUCUCCUGAAGUCACUUAUGAUGAUAAACUACAGAUCGCCAAAAUCACAAAACUUAAUCUUAUCCUGGGAGAAAUGUAUACCGUGGAGUGGGAACUAACAAGGAAUGAAGAUAAAAUAGACUGUUACCCUGACCAGGAUGGUGCCACCGAGGAGAAAUGCAUUGCACGUGGUUGUAUCUGGGAGGAAACCAAUGCUGAGCGAGUCCCUUACUGUUAUUUUAAGGACAGUCUAUACAAUGUCCACAAUAUUCAGAAACUACAAAAUGGGAUUACAGCUUCCCUCACCCUAAAGCCCCAGGCUCCUGCUAGUGCUUUCCCCUCAACACCUGUGACACAGCUCAGUCUGAGUGUCACCUACCAUAAGAAUGAGAUGCUGCAGUUCAAGAUUUAUGAUCCCAACAACAAACGCUAUGAAGUCCCAGUUCCUCUCAACUUACCCAAUACUCCAUCCAGCACCCCUGAAGGUAGACUUUAUGAAGUCGAAAUUGCAGACAAUCCAUUUGGGAUUUUAAUUAUUCGGAAGAGCACAGGCACCACCAUAUGGGACUCCCGCGUCCUUGGCUUCACUUUCAAUGACAUGUUCAUUCGUAUCUCCACGCGCCUCCCCUCCACCUAUCUCUAUGGCUUUGGGGAGAAUGAGCACACGUCUUUCCGAAGAGACUUGAACUGGCGCACCUGGGGGAUGUUUUCCCGAGACGAACCCCCUGGGUACCUGAAGAAUUCUUAUGGUGUCCAACCCUACUACAUGGCCAUGGAGGAGGAGGGCAAUGCCCACGGGGUGCUCCUGCUAAACAGCAAUGCCAUGGAUGUGACAUUCCAGCCCAUGCCAGCUGUAACAUAUCGUACCAUAGGAGGAAUUCUGGACUUUUAUGUGGUCUUGGGGCCCACUCCAGAACUUGUCACUCAGCAAUACACUGAGCUAGUUGGUCGCCCAGUGAUGGUUCCUUACUGGUCCUUGGGAUUUCAGCUCUGCCGUUAUGGAUACCAGAAUGAUUCAGAGAUUGCCGAUUUGUAUGAUAGAAUGGUGGCUGCCCAGAUCCCCUAUGAUGUGCAAUACUCUGACAUUGACUACAUGGAGCGACAGCUGGACUUCACCCUCAACCCCAAGUUUAAGGGCUUCCCAGAGCUGAUUAAUCGCAUAAAGAACGAUGGGAUGCGAAUCAUCCUCAUUCUGGAUCCAGCCAUUUCUGGCAAUGAGACUCAGCCCUAUCCUGCAUUUGAGUUGGGGAAAGAGAAUGAUGUUUUCAUCAAGGAUCCAAGUGAUGGAAGCAUUGUCUGGGGAAAGGUCUGGCCUGAUUUACCCGGUGUUGUUAUAAACAGUUCUCUAGACUGGGAUACUCAAGUGAAGCUGUACCGAGCUCAUGCAGCUUUCCCAGACUUUUUCCGAACUUCAGCUAUAAACUGGUGGAAGAAUGAGUUGAAAGAAUUACACACCAAUACCCGGGAACCCGAAAAGAGCCUGAAGUAUGAUGGCAUAUGGAUUGAUAUGAAUGAACCCUCCAGCUUUGUGAAUGGGGCAGUUGAAGGCUGCAAAAAUCCCACUCUGAACCGACCUCCCUAUAUGCCACAUCUGGAAACCAGAGACAGAGGUCUAAGCAGCAAGACCCUGUGCAUGGAGAGUGUGCAGAUCCUGGAAGAUGGCACCAAAGUACAACACUACAAUGUGCAUAACCUAUAUGGGUGGUCCCAGACCAGACCUACCUACGAAGGUGUGCAGGAAGUGACUGGAGAGCGAGGGAUUGUCGUCACCCGCUCCACGUACCCAUCUUCUGGUCGCUGGGCAGGACACUGGCUGGGAGACAACACUUCUGGGUGGGACCAGUUGAAGAAAUCUAUCAUUGGCAUGAUGGAGUUUAGCCUCUUCGGCAUAUCCUAUACAGGAGCAGAUAUUUGUGGGUUCUUUCGAGAUGCUGAAUAUGAGAUGUGUGCUCGCUGGAUGCAGCUGGGGGCCUUUUACCCCUUCUCGAGGAACCAUAACACCAUUGGGACCAGGAAUCAAGACCCUGUGUCCUGGGAUAAAGAAUUUGAGGAUCUCUCCAGAAAUGUCCUGAACAUCAGAUACACCUUGUUGCCAUAUCUCUAUACCCUGAUGCACCUGGCCAACACAGAGGGCGUUACUGUUGUGCGACCUCUACUCCAUGAGUUUGUGUCGGACAGGAAAACUUGGGACAUAGACAGUCAGUUCCUGCUGGGUCCAGCUUUCCUGGUCAGCCCUGUUCUGGAACCUAACACUAGAACUGUCAAUGCAUAUUUUCCUGAUGCCCGCUGGUAUGAUUACCACACGGGUAUGGACAUUGGAGCAAAGGGAGUAAUGAUGAACUUGUCAGCCCCUCUCAACCACAUUAAUCUCCAUGUCCGUGGAGGCUACAUUCUGCCCUGGCAAGUGCCUGCACAAAACACACACUUCAGCCGAAAGAACCCUCUUGGUCUCAUCAUUGCCCUGGAUGAGAAAAGACAAGCGAAAGGUGAACUCUUCUGGGAUGAUGGAGAAUCGACAGGUACUUUGGCCCAAGACAAACAUAUCUUCUAUGAGUUUUCUCUCAUCAAUAACCGCUUGGAUAUGAAGCCUUUGCCUUCAACCUACAAAGAUCCUAAUAAUUUAGAAUUUCAAGAUAUUAAAAUACUCGGGAUCACACGUAUUAUUAAUGUAACAGUGAAGCACAAUGGUGCUCCAACUCAAAUGUCUCCUGAAGUCACUUAUGAUGAUAAACUACAGAUCGCCAACAUCAAAAAACUUAAUCUUGCCCUGGGAGAAAUGUAUACCUUGGAGUGGGAACUAUAUACAAGGAAUGAAGAUAAAAUAGACUGCUACCCCGACCAGGAUGGUGCCACCGAGGAGAAAUGCAUUGCACGUGGUUGUAUCUGGGAGGAAACCAAUGCUGAGCGAGUCCCUUACUGCUAUUUUAACGACAGUCUAUACAAUGUCCACAAUAUUCAGAAACUACAAAACGGGAUUACAGCUUCCCUCACCAUAAAGCCCCAGGCUCGUGCUAGUGCUUUCCCCUCAACACCUGUGACACAGCUCAGUCUGAGUGUCACCUACCAUAAGAAUGAGAUGCUGCAGUUUAAGAUUUAUGAUCCCAACAACAAACGCUAUGAAGUCCCAGUUCCUCUCAACUUACCCAAUACUCCAUCCAGCACCCCUGAAGGUAGACUUUAUGAAGUCGAAAUUGCAGACGAUCCAUUUGGGAUUUUAAUCAUUCGGAAGAGCACAGGCACCACCAUAUGGGACUCCCGCGUCCUUGGCUUCACUUUCAAUGACAUGUUCAUUCGUAUCUCCACGCGCCUCCCCUCCACCUAUCUCUAUGGCUUUGGGGAGAAUGAGCACACGUCUUUCCGAAGAGACUUGAACUGGCGCACCUGGGGGAUGUUUUCCCGAGACGAACCCCCUGGGUACCUGAAGAAUUCUUAUGGUGUCCAACCCUACUACAUGGCCAUGGAGGAGGAGGGCAAUGCCCACGGGGUGCUCCUGCUAAACAGCAAUGCCAUGGAUGUGACAUUCCAGCCCAUGCCAGCUGUAACAUAUCGUACCAUAGGAGGAAUUCUGGACUUUUAUGUGGUCUUGGGGCCCACUCCAGAACUUGUCACUCAGCAAUACACUGAGCUAGUUGGUCGCCCAGUGAUGGUUCCUUACUGGUCCUUGGGAUUUCAGCUCUGCCGUUAUGGAUACCAGAAUGAUUCAGAGAUUGCUGAUUUGUAUGAUAGAAUGGUGGCUGCCCAGAUCCCCUAUGAUGUGCAAUACUCUGACAUUGACUACAUGGAGCGACAGCUGGACUUCACCCUCAACCCCAAGUUUAAGGGCUUCCCAGAGCUGAUUAAUCGCAUAAAGAACGAUGGGAUGCGAAUCAUCCUCAUUCUGGAUCCAGCCAUUUCUGGCAAUGAGACUCAGCCCUAUCCUGCAUUUGAGCUGGGGAAAGAGAAUGAUGUUUUCAUCAAGGAUCCAAGUGAUGGAAGCAUUGUCUGGGGAAAGGUCUGGCCUGAUUUACCCGGUGUUGUUAUAAACAGUUCUCUAGACUGGGAUACUCAAGUGAAGCUGUACCGAGCUCAUGCAGCUUUCCCAGACUUUUUCCGAACUUCAGCUAUAAACUGGUGGAAGAAUGAGUUGAAAGAAUUACACACCAAUACCCGGGAACCCGAAAAGAGCCUGAAGUAUGAUGGCAUAUGGAUUGAUAUGAAUGAACCCUCCAGCUUUGUGAAUGGGGCAGUUGAAGGCUGCAAAAAUCCCACUCUGAACCGACCUCCCUAUAUGCCACAUCUGGAAACCAGAGACAGAGGUCUAAGCAGCAAGACCCUGUGCAUGGAGAGUGUGCAGAUCCUGGAAGAUGGCACCAAAGUACAACACUACAAUGUGCAUAACCUAUAUGGGUGGUCCCAGACCAGACCUACCUACGAAGGUGUGCAGGAAGUGACUGGAGAGCGAGGGAUUGUUGUCACCCGCUCCACGUACCCAUCUUCUGGUCGCUGGGCAGGACACUGGCUGGGAGACAACACUUCUGGGUGGGACCAGUUGAAGAAAUCUAUCAUUGGCAUGAUGGAGUUUAGCCUCUUCGGCAUAUCCUAUACAGGAGCAGAUAUUUGUGGGUUCUUUCGAGAUGCUGAAUAUGAGAUGUGUGCUCGCUGGAUGCAGCUGGGGGCCUUUUACCCCUUCUCGAGGAACCAUAACACCAUUGGGACCAGGAAUCAAGACCCUGUGUCCUGGGAUAAAGAAUUUGAGGAUCUCUCUAGAAAUGUCCUGAACAUCAGAUACACCUUGUUGCCAUAUCUCUAUACCCUGAUGCACCUGGCCAACACAGAGGGCGUUACUGUUGUGCGACCUCUACUCCAUGAGUUUGUGUCGGACAGGAAAACUUGGGACAUAGACAGUCAGUUCCUGCUGGGUCCAGCUUUCCUGGUCAGCCCUGUUCUGGAACCUAACGCUAGAACUGUCAAUGCAUAUUUUCCUGAUGCCCGCUGGUAUGAUUACCACACGGGUAUGGACAUUGGAGCAAAGGGAGUAAUGAUGAACUUGUCAGCCCCUCUCAACCACAUUAAUCUCCAUGUCCGUGGAGGCUACAUUCUGCCCUGGCAAGUGCCUGCACAAAACACACACUUCAGUCGUCAAAAUUUUAUAGGCUUCAAGGUUGCCUUGAGUGAUGCAGGAGCUGCUGAAGGCAAGCUCUUCUGGGACGAUGGGAAAACCAUUGAUACCAUUGGAAAAAAGAGCUAUUACUUGGCAAACUUCUAUGUCAGCGAUAACAUGAUGAAAAGUGACAUAGUUUUCAACAACUACAUUAGCGACUCAAACCCUCUGCUGCUGGGGUUCAUUGAUAUCUGGGGAGUGGACAGCGCCUCCACAGCCCAAAUCAAGAUGACUGUUUUGAUUAAUGAGGUUGAUACACAAGUUAUAACACCCAAAGCAAGCUACAACUCUACAUCAAAGGUUUGUACCACUGAAAAGUUCAAUGUUUCUAACCUUCCCUAUCAUUCUCAGUUCUAUAAUCGAGGGACCAGGAUAUUAAGCAUUACUGUGACCAAUGAAAACAUCAGCUUGCAAAACUUCGUUUCAUUGACAUGGUAAAACACUCUGUGA